AUGGGAGCUGUGGGCAGCCUGCAGGCGUUUUUGGUCGUUGUCACCAUAUCCAUUGUCGUCUGGGGCGAAGCCUUACCACGAGACUGCAUCUGUCCGAAGAGAUCGACGUUCAGCUCACUAGAAGUUAAAUGUACGGACCGUGGGCUGACCGCCUUGCCCGACAACAUCCCGUCCCAAACGUAUCUCCUGUAUCUGUACAACAACAGGCUCCAGCAGGUCGCCUACUUCCCGCCGCUACCCAGGCUGUACACGCUAGACCUCAGUGACAAUCUUAUCGAGACCGUGUCGUGGAGCUCGCUCUGUAACCUACCGAAUAUGCGGUAUCUUAUCUUAAAGUCAAACAGGAUAACGAGUGUCAGGUUAGCCGCCUGUAUCACGCGUCUUACACAACUGUCGAUGGUAGACCUGUCGUGCAACAGGAUCGCGACCGUAGCUGAGGGUGACCUGGGGGUCCCUCACAUCCAGGCCACAGUCUCCCUCCACCACAACCCUUUCCACUGCGACUGUGAGCUGCGGUGGCUGAUCGCCAAGCUGAAAUGCCUGCAGAAUCACCCUGGCAGAGGCUUAGCAUCUGAUCAAUGCGAUGCCACGUUUCUCCCCAGUAAUUUAGGCGGCCACCGCUGCAGUUCACCCGCCAAGUUUCGAGAAAGGCCGCUUGCGUCUGUUUCUAUACCGUCGUCAAAGUGCGAGUCACCGGUACGUCCUUCAACAACUUCUUCUCCCAUUAAACCAAACGGCGGAGACACGGGGACGAUCAAGAGCACAAGAUCGUAUGGCUUGAUACGAAGUAUCCCUACACUGGCCGGUUCGACGCAACAAAUGGCUAACACUACAUUUGAAGAAGACGACGCGGUGACGGAAGUCGUUUCUGAAACUCUGACCAUUCGAUCCGGCAACAUCACCGAUAAGGAAGUUGUAUCGGUCAGCAAUGUUAUGUGGAAGAGAGAUGAGUCAUUGAUUGAGACUGUCAUCGGUGUAGUGUUAGCCAUCAGUCUAGGUUGUCUGAUGUUAAAGCUCGUCAAAAACCGGUACAGAAUUUAG